GAAUUCUUCGAGCAAGCUCAAGGCUUAGCAUAUAUGUUACAAGCUCGUGGCGAGCGCAUGUGUCGUAUUUGGUUCGGUCCUUGGCCAUGGGUUUUACUCUAUGGAGCAGAGGAAUGCGAAGCCAUUCUCGGAAGCAAUAAAAUCUUAGACAAACCCUUACAAUAUAGCUUUUUAAGCGGUUGGAUUGGACAGGGAUUACUCAUCAGUGAGCCAACAAAGUGGCGAUUGCGACGAAAACUUCUCACGCCGACAUUUCAUUAUGACAUACUGAAGGAUUUUGUUGAUGUAUACAAUAAGCACGGACAAACACUGUUGCGUAAAUUUCAAGCAUUGUGUGGUGAUCAGUACAGUGAUAUAUUUCAUAUGAUAUCACUGUGUACCUUGGAUGUCAUCUGCGAAGCCGCCCUUGGGGCACAUGUUGAUGCCCAGAACAAAUCGUCUCCGUAUUUGGAGGCUGUUUGCAAGAUAAAAUAUAUGAUUCAUCAACGAACACUGAAGGCGCAUUUCUACUUCGAUACUAUUUAUAAUAUAUUUGGCAGUGGGAAAGAUGAGAAAAAAUGCACUAAAAUACUUCAUGAAUUCACUGGCGCGGCAAUAGCAAAUCGCAAAAGACUGGUCGAUGAAGCCGGAGGUGUCGACAACCUAAUGGAGAAAGAAACACUGUCAGGCAAACGACGUAUGGCGCUUCUGGAUUUCAUGCUUGAUUUGCAUGCGAAGGGUCAGUUACCUAUGGAGGGUGUGCAGGAAGAAGUGGACACAUUCACUUUUGAAGCACACGACACGACUUCAACAAGUAUGAACUGGUUUUUACACUUGAUGGGUACCAAUCCGGAAAUUCAAGCAAAAGUUCAAAAGGAAGUUGACGAAGUUUUAGGAGAAGAGAACAGACCUGUAACAUACGAAGACCUCGGACAACUGAAGUUCCUGGAGGCCUGUAUCAAAGAAACACUGCGAUUAUUUCCCAGCGUACCUGUGCACGCCCGACAAUUGACCAAAAUUACGAAAAUUGGAAAUAAAGUGUUGCCACGUGGUACAGGUGUUUUGAUUAUCGCGUCAAUGAUUCAUCGGGAUUCACGAUAUUGGCCAGACCCAGAAGUAUUUAAGCCAGAACGAUUUAUCGGUAGCCAACUCAGACAUCCGUUUUCAUACAUUCCUUUCUCUGCUGGACCUAGAAAUUGCAUCGAUAUAGAUACGAAGAAUGAGAUGAAGAAGGCAACAACUGAGCGUUCGAGCUCCUUUGGUGAUUUAUCAUCAUUUUCGUCGUCCUCCUCAUCGUCCCCCUCCUACUUAUCGUCAGACAUCACUGAUCUUUCCAAAGAAGCAUUUACAAAGAAUCACUUCACAGAAUGCGCGGAAUUGCUGAAAAAAGCACUGGAUGAAACUAAAGGUGAAAGGGGACGACGUCGUUUGUAUGCCAAUUUAGCUCUCUGUGAAGCGAAGAGCAAAGCACAAUUAUUUAGUGCUACUUACCAAGCUGCGCUCCUCAAUAUUUACCCCAAACUGAGACCUGGUGGAAAUCACAGUUUAGAAGGUCAUGACGAAGCAGUUGCUGCAUUCAACCUAGCAGUGAAUGCUUUUGUUCGAGGAAAUCGACGAACUUGUCUUGAGAUUCUACAAUCUGUGAUGAUUGUAAAUACCUUAUCAGAUACACUCUUCUGUGCGGUUUCAUUAUUGGAAAUUGAAGUAAGCUUAACUUUAUGUCAGCCAAAAUUAGCACUAAAGCAAGCAAUCAAACUUCGUGAUAGCAUUACAUGGCACCGGGCAAACGUUGUUCAGCGAGACUACCUUGAUUGUUUGGAGUGUCGCAUACGGUGUCGCCUUGCACAAACGUCGUCGUUGAUCGAUUUUAGUUCGAAACCCGAGCUGUUGCACUGGUGCCUUAUACAGUCAGAGCUUGAUGUGAAGAACGGUAAUGCAGCACACGCAGUAAAUCGACUCCUGAAAUUCCGUCCUUCGCUUCAGGAUGAAGAACGCAGACUUGUUGACAAUGCUCUUGGAUGCGUUUAUGCUUUGUCGCUGAAGAAGAUAAGUUUGGCCGAGUCAUAUUUCCGAUCAGCAAUGUUGGUGAGACAAAAAAAGAGAAAAAGUUGGCAAGAGUCAACAGUACCCAGGCAUUGCUUGAUAUAUCAUGCAGCUUUGGCUCAGUUACAUUGUGGGCAACCGGAAUCUGCUUUUACACUUUUCCUUUCUAUCCUUCCAUUUUAUCCAAAGCAGCCUCGAAUUUGGUUACGAAUUGCAGAAUGUUGCAUAUACGCACUGACAAAGAAUGAAAAUGAGAACUUGGAUAUUAAUGGACAAAUGUUAGAAAUUGUUGGGACGGCACAGAAUGGAUAUGUUAUCCUCCCAUCUAUUUCUGCUAGAGGAAACAAUGACGGAGUCGGUGAGAUACGAGAAAAUCAGAUUAGCUGGGAAUAUGCUGCACAUUGUAUUCGAAAUGCGCUAAUUCUAACAGGCACUGAACGUGACUGCGUGUACUUGCUUCCAUGGUUAUAUGCAGCAUCAUCUUUCGUUAAUCUGAAUCUUAAUCGUUAUGGCUUAGCGUUGAAGGCAGCUUGUCAGCUUGCCAGUUUACAGCAGGUCUCUCCUCAUCACAAGCUUAUGGCAGUGCUUUUCAAAGCAGAAGCGUUAACGUUGUUGGAUCGUUUACCGGAGGCUAUAGGAUGUUUGACGCAAGCUAUACCACUCCAAUCCAUGCCGAGUACGAUAUCGGCCGUCAUCUAUAAUAGAGCAUUGUUACAAGCGCUGAGUGGCAAUUUCCACAAAUCAUUGACGACAUUUGGGCUGCUCGGAACGCAGUGCGAUAUAACAACAGUUCCAGAAGCAAUAUCUCUUGGUAUUUACAUUAACAUGAAAUUAGAUAAGGAUGAUGACGCAAGACUGCUUGUGCGACAAAUGCAGAAAAUGAAAUUAAGUGUAUGAAAAGUUGCUCUCGUUGAAUAGGAUUAAUUUGUUUGCUGUAAAUGACUACGUCAUUUAUCAUUUAAGUGUUUACCUAGGAAAACUCGCCACAAUUAUAAAUGACAGUUGCUGUUCAAC